GGAUUGAGACCUUUCCGCACCAUCGCUGGCGCCAUGCUGCCUUCCUCGCGACCGAGUGCCUGUCCUGCCUGGCCGCCGCCGGAAUUCUUGCCGCAGCCAGGAGCUGUCAGCUCUACUGCGCCCUGGUCCUUUUUGGACUUGACGGCUCCCAUCAGGUCUCAAGUUUGUUUCAACCUGGUCGGGGACCUCUUGUGCUACAGUGGCGCCAACGAGGUGAACCUGCAGCUGAGCAUUGUCCGUUCAACAUGCAGGGAGCUUCGUGAUCAGAUUGAUGAAGAGUGCUUGACAUUCAACUACGAUGACACCUGCGGCUGGGGCAGUGGGCCCUCUCGCGACCUCGACGAGAUUCAGCUGCUGAAUAACAGGAUCAAGCGUCAUCCUCGGCUGAAAUACUUCGAGUGCCUCAUUCGAAGUGCUGCCAAAUUCCGAAUGCUUCUCGAGGAGCUGCAGCUACCACCACAAACGCGCUGCAGCUUUGUUUUCGAGUUUAAGGUCAGCGCCCAGUACGCGGAGCAGCUGCUGAAGCGCUUUUGUGUUCGACGACUCUCGCUCAUGCCCGAGGAGGAUGCGCAGGGGACAGCUUCUCGCAUUUGGAAGGCUUUGCCCGACGCCAGUUUGCAAGUACUUUGCUUGCGGAGUUGCUCGGACGAGAUCGUGAAGUCCUUCUUUUCUGUGAGCCCAAAGCUGCGAAGCCUUCAGGUGGUGGACAGCCGCCUGCAAGGAAUCCCCAACAACAUUUGUGAGCGCCUCAACAGCCUCAGUCUCACCGGGAUUACCAAUCUGCCGGACGAGCAGCUUUCGAAGCUGAUCGCGGCAUGCCGGAACCUCCGGUCUUUGUACAUCGCCAAGUGCCACAUCUCCCACGUCUCCUUCGCUUUGCCCCAGCUGGAGCUUCUUUCGGUGACACACUGCCGGCAACUCACGGAUCAGUGUGCCACGGAAAUUCUCUCCCCGGCAAACAAUCCUCGCCUGCGCUUCGUGGACCUGUCUGAGUGCAGAAGCCUCACGGCUCCCACCGUCGAGCAUCCUGAAUUGGAGAUAGCUUGGCUGAUGCAUUGCCCACAAUUAACUGGGCAGGCAGUGUCUGCAAUGUUCCGGGCUUGCACAUCUUUGACAGCUGUCAACCUGGUGCAGUCUUCUAUCGAGAACGCAUUGCUGGCGUCGACUUCUCUGAGGACGCUGGAGCUUACGACGUCUCAGAAGUUGGCGGAUCGGGCUGUGACGCACCUGCUGGAGCAUUGCCCGAACCUCUCCUUCCUGGACGUGGGGCAUUGUUGCCAAUUGGUAGAGCCGAAGUUGGCACAUCCAUUUUUAGAGACGAUCCUUCUCAGCUUCUGCGUGAACUUGCGGGAAUCUGCCGUGGCCGGCCUUUUCGAUAAUUGCCCGAAGUUGAGGUACGUGGAGAUCGCGGUUUGCAUGUUCGACAUGACAAAAUUCCAAAGAACGUGCCGACCAGAAUGUACAGUAGUCGUCAACUUCGACUUUUGA